GGCUGGGACGUAACGUCAAUAAGGUGCGACAGACAGCUUCCAUUUCACAUCUCAUGCCGGGCGUGAUAAGUGCGCCCAGAAGGAGCCUCAUCAUCAUCUUUCCUAUCGAUUGCUCCUCAGUCUCAUCUCGCAACUAAAUAAACAUGCUAAACAAAGCCUCCCUCACUAACUUGCCCUCUAAACACAGCCGCUCCGGCCAGCCGCAGUGGCGAAAUGUCACGGCAUCGUCGUCGCCGCCGGCGUGGGCGCACCGCGUGUCGUGGGAGCGGGCCGACAUCUUCCGGCCGGCGCAGUACGCGGCGCUGCUGACGGGGGCCGACUUUGUCGUGCACAGCAUGGGGAUCCUCCUCGAGGCCGACUACAAGGGCGUGCUGUCGGGGCGCGAGUCGCCCAUCUCGGGGCUGCAGAAGGCCUUUUCGGCCAGCAAGGGCCGGCCACUAUCUUCCAGCAGCAACCCUCUCCACCAGGAACAGCAGCAGCAGCAAUCGUCAGUCGAGAGUAAUGCCAACCCCGCCAGCAGCAGUAGCAGCAGUAGCAGCAGCAGCAGCAGCAGCGAGACGCAGCUCACGUACGAGAUGAUGAACCGCGACAGCGCCAUCCUGCUGGCUAAGGAAGCUGCGCGGGAGAAGGUGAGGGCCUUCGGCUACGUGUCGGCGGCGGGCGGCGCGCCGGUGCUACCGGCGCGGUACAUCACGACCAAGCGCGAGGCCGAGGACGUCAUCGCGCGCGAGUUUAGCGGGCCGGGCGGUAUGCGCGGCGUCUUCUUCCGGCCGCCGUUCAUGUACGACAGCUCACGGGCGCUGACGAUGCCGCUGGCCGGCCUGUCGGCGGCGGGCGCCAUGGUCAACGGGCUCACGGGCGGCAUCCUGGGCGGAUUCUUGGGCACCGCCGUGGUGAAGCCGCUCAAAGCGGACCUCGUUGCCGACGCCGUGGUCGAGGCGCUCGACGACGAGAGCGUGCGGGGCCCCGUCGAGGUGGCGCAACUAGAGGAGCUGGGCAACAAGUCGUGGCGGAAGACCAUGGUUUGAGAAGAUCUUGUUCUGGU